AUGCAGGCCUGCAAGGCGCACCAUGCGCGCCCCUGCCCCGCCGCACGCGCCGUUCGGCCCCAGCGCGCCACGCGGCUGCGCGUUGCCGCUCUCCAAGCCGGCGUCGCCGACCACACCGCGCGCGUCCGCGGCACCGCGCAGCUCGUCAGCUGGUAUUGCAGCGACCUCUCCUCCUGGCCGGAGUGGUCGCCCGUGACUAAGGGGGCCGUCAAGCUGGGGGUGGCCAGCGAUCUGGUGGAGCGCGGCUGCAAGUUUGAGCUCAAGCAGGAGCUGUGGGGCAUCCUAUCCUACCCCAUGCACUACGAGGUCGUCGACUUUGAGCCCGGCAAGCGCCUGGUGCUGUCCGGCAUAUCGGAGUACCACACAGAGACGAGCCAGUUCCUGUUCAUGCCCGACCGCACCGACCCCGGCAUGACGAUCGUGCGGUGUGUGACGGAUGCGCAGCUGCGGGAGUGGCGCUCUGCGCUGCAGCCAGUUGUGUCGAAACUCCUGAAGCGCGUCCCAGAAGACUCGUUGGCCGGCCUGCAGAAGCUGCUCAACGGGCCCCGCUCGCCCCUGUACACACCCGAAUUUCAGGAGGCCUGGCGCCGCCACGUCAGCGCGUCCGCCGACGCGCGCAAGGGCCGCAAGCCCGCCAGCGCCGGCGGCGCCGGCGCCGGCGCACGGGCGCGCGCGCAGCAGCGGGAGCCGAGGGUGGGCGUCUUCACGUGGGGGGCUGCGUUUGAUGGGCUGCUGUCCGGCGGCCGUGAGGCCAGGCGCGCGGCGGAGCACCCCGCGGCGCAGCACUACCAGUCGCCGGCGGCGCAACAGGACCCGUCGGGGCACUACGCCGCGCUCGGCAUCAGCGUGUCAUCGGGCGGGCCGGGGCCGACAGGGGAGGAGAUCAGGGGCGCGUACAGGCGGCUGGCGCUGGAGCUGCACCCGGACCGCCAGAUCGGCAAGGCGGCGCACGUCCAGAAGCAGGCCGCGGGCCGCUUCGCGCGCGUGCUGCGCGCCUACGACGCUCUGAAGGACCCCGAGACGCGCCGCCUGUACGACGCCGGCCAGAUCAUAGAGGAGACAGUCAGCCUGUGA